CUUUUAUUACACACUAGUAGUGUUCUUAAUGUUAACAUUCCUUUGUGCGGUGUGGUCCAGCACUCAUGAGUGGUGACUCGGCCGACAGCACAAGGCCACGGCCACCCAAUUACAAGAACAACUCCCCCCACCACUGUUCAUCGUAAUCAAUCAUGGGGUUAUGUUAUUGAUUUUUCUAUUUUCCUCUCAAACCUUGUUCUACCUUCUAUCUCUACCUUAGGCUUCUGAUUCCCCGGCGACAACUCUGUGUCAGCCCCGCCACAAUUUAGGUAUCCACUUUUUUCCUCCACAACCCACCCAUUUGUUUGGUGCCCUUAAUGUCUGUAUUCUGGGGAGACUCUUUUGCUCCUGAGUUGUUUUCACUCACCUACAUGCGCUUAGGGUUUGAGUAAAAGGGGUUUAUAAUAAUAUAUCAUAAACAGGGGGCUUCUAGUGAUUUGCAAAAUGGGGUUGUUCCGGCUGCUACGGAACUGGUGAUCCGAUUUGCUUUUGGAUUUGUUGGUUAUAUCUUACAGGAUGAAAGCUCCCCCUAAUGGGUUUCUGCCCAAUUCUGGAGAAGGUGAAAGGAAGAACAUCAAUUCUGAGCUAUGGCAUGCUUGUGCUGGGCCUCUUGUUUCGUUACCUCCAGUUGGAAGUCUUGUGGUUUACUUCCCUCAAGGCCACAGUGAACAAGUUGCAGCUUCGAUGAAUAAGGAGACUGAUUUCAUUCCAAGCUACCCUAACCUUCCUUCUAAGUUGAUCUGCAUGCUCCAUAACGUCACGUUACAUGCUGAUCUUGAAACGGAUGAAGUGUAUGCACAAAUGACCCUUCAACCAGUGAAUAAAUACGAAAAAGAAGGUUUAUUGGCAUCUGAUAUUGGCCUCAAGCAAAACAGGCAGCCUGCUGAAUUCUUCUGUAAAACUCUAACAGCUAGCGACACCAGCACUCACGGUGGAUUUUCUGUGCCUCGUCGUGCAGCUGAGAAGAUUUUUCCCCCAUUAGACUACUCGAUGCAACCCCCUGCUCAGGAACUAGUGGCUAGAGAUUUGCAUGAUAAUUCGUGGACAUUCAGACAUAUUUACCGCGGCCAACCAAAAAGACACCUUCUGACCACUGGUUGGAGUGUUUUUGUCAGCACAAAACGACUCUUUGCUGGAGAUUCGGUGCUCUUUAUAAGAGAUGAAAAGUCACAGCUUCUCUUAGGCAUAAGGCGUGCUAACAGGCAGCAGCCAGCUCUGUCUUCAUCAGUCAUAUCAAGUGAUAGCAUGCACAUAGGAAUUCUUGCUUCUGCUGCUCAUGCAGCUGCAAAUAACAGUCCUUUUACCAUAUUUUACAAUCCUAGGGCCAGUCCUUCUGAAUUUGUGAUUCCUUUGGCCAAGUAUAAUAAGGCAAUGUAUGCACAAGUUUCCCUUGGCAUGCGAUUUAGGAUGAUGUUUGAAACCGAGGAGUCGGGAGUACGUAGAUAUAUGGGUACAAUUACUGGUAUCAGUGACAUGGAUUCCGUACGAUGGAAAAAUUCACAAUGGCGCAAUCUUCAGGUCGGAUGGGAUGAAUCGGCAGCUGGUGAACGACCAAACCGAGUUUCAAUAUGGGAGGUUGAGCCUGUUGUGACUCCUUUUUACAUAUGUCCACCUCCAUUCUUUAGGCCCAAAUUCCCUAAACAACCAGGGAUGCCAGACGAUGAAUCUGAGAUUGAAAAUGCUUUUAAGAGAGCGAUGCCAUGGUUUGGUGAUGAGUUCGGCAUGAAAGAUGCGUCAAGCUCAAUCUUUCCUGGUUUAAGUUUAGUGCAGUGGAUGAGCAUGCAACAUAAUAAUCAGUUCCCAGCAGCUCAAUCUGGAAUUUUGCCGUCCAUGGUUGCUCCUAGUGCUCUGCAUGGAACUCUUACUAAUGAUGAGUCAUCCAAAUUAUUGAGUUUUCAAGCACCAGUAAUGUCUUCACCAAAUCUCCAAUUCAGCAAAGCAAAUCAACAGAACCAAGUUGCCCAGUUGCCACCAACAACGUGGUCUCAACAGCAGCAGGUGCAGCAGUUGUUACAAGUUCCUGCUAGCCAACAGUUGCAGCAGCAGCAGUUGCCACUCCAGCAGGAGCUACAGCAGCAGGUGCCCCAGCAGCAGCAACUCCAGAUGCAACAGCCACAACGACAACAGCAGGCCUCCCAAUCUGCUCUUCUGAACAACGGUGUUACUGCUCCGAAUCAUUUGCCAAAUCAGACUUUGCAACAACCGCUUGUAUACUCUCAGCUACAACAACAGCAGUUGCUUGCAGGCAAUAUACAAUCACAUCAAACUAGCCAACCAUCCAAUAAAAACUUAUUUCAGACUACAUCUUUAUCACAAGAAGUACAGUUUCAGCCACAAAUAGAGCAGCAACCUAGUCUUCUUCCGAAACACCAGCAGCCAACACAAGUUCAACAGGCCCCACUACAGUUAAUGCAACAAAGUCUGUCUCAGAGAGCACAACAACAGCCACAAGUUCAGCAAUUUUCACAGCCAGUCCCAACAGAGCAACAACUUCAAUUACAGCUGCUACAGAAGCUGCAGCAGCAGCAGCAGCAGCAUCCGUUGCUCUCCCCAGCUAGCCCACUGUUACCACCUCAGCUGCUACAGCAGCAGAAUGUUCAUCAGCAAAACCAGCAGUUACCACCAUUGCCUUUGUCCAAUCAGCAUCAGUUCAGUACUAGUGGAGGCAGCUUACAAACAGAAAAACUUAACAGCAAUGGCUUUUCAAGUUUAGGUCUCAUGCAGUCCCAGCAGGCUCCUAUAACCCACUCCCAUAACCAAUUCAAACCAACCAUGGCAAUUAGAGCAUACUCUGGACUGACUGAUGGAGAUGCUCCGUCUUGUUCAACCUCGCCUUCCACUAAUAAUUGCCAAGUUUCAGCAUCAAACAUGCUCAAUAAGAACCAACAAGGAGCAGCCACACUGGGGGGAGACCCAGUAGCUGAGCCUGCAACUAACCUGGCUCAGGACCUACAAAGCAAACCUGAUUUGAGAAUCAAACAUGAGUUUCCUAGCUCAAAAGGAUUGGACCAACUAAAGUAUAAAGGCACUGUUCCUGAUCAGUUAGAAGCGUGUUCUUCUGGGACAUCAUAUUGUUUGGAUGCUGGCACCAUUCAGCAGACUUUCCCACUCCCUACAUGUUUGGAUAAUGAUGUACAAUCACAGCCACGAAACAAUAUCCCUUUCAGUAAUAGCAUGGAUGGAUUGGCACCAGAUACCUUAUUAUCGAGGGGAUACGACUCGCAAAAAGAUCUUCAGAACUUACUUUCUAACUAUGGUGGUGGUGUUGCUAGAGAUAUUGAAACAGAGUUGUCCACUGCUGCAAUCAGCUCUCAGUCAUUUGGGGUCCCAAACUUGCCUUUUAAGUCUGACUGCUCAAAUGAUGUCAACGUAAAUGAAGCUGGAGCUUUGAGUAGUGGACUGUGGGCAAACCACAGUCAACGUAUGCGUACAUACACAAAGGUUCAAAAGCGUGGAUCAGUGGGUAGGUGCAUCGAUGUCACUCGUUACAAAGGAUAUGAUGAGCUUAGACAUGAUCUUGCCCGCAUGUUUGGCAUUGAAGGACAGUUAGAAGAUCCUCAACGAACUGAUUGGAAACUUGUUUAUGUGGAUCACGAAACCGAUAUACUUCUAGUUGGUGAUGAUCCUUGGGAAGAGUUCGUGAGCUGUGUUCAGAGCAUAAAGAUCCUGUCAUCCGCUGAAGUACAGCAGAUGAGUUUGGAUGGAAAUUUGGGUCACAUUCAGGCUCCCAAUCAAGCUUGCAGUGGAACGGAUAGUGGAAAUGCUUGGAGAGGGCAGUAUGAUGAUAACUCGGCUGCAUCAUUCAACCGAUAAGGAGUUUAAUGUAUAACACUGAUCAUUGCCGUCUGGUUGCCGUUCUUAAUUAAAAUGUGAUGGAACGUUCCAAAAAGGUUCCAAUCAGCUCCUGAGGUGAGGGGUUCGAACAUGGAGAUUGACUUGCCACCCAAUUGCCAUUUCUAGUUGGUUCGAACAUGGUAGACGGCUAAAGCAUAUCAUGAAGUUGAUUUAGUUUAAGGCUAUUGUUUCAACUUUCUUCACUCCGGUUGCUACCUGAUUAAAUCAAAUACUAGUUGCAUGGUGGAGUCAAGCUUGAAAGUGAAGACAGCUUGACCCACUUUGUUCCUGUAAAUUGUUACACAAAUAUCGUUUAUAUUCCACUGUAUGUAGCAGCAGCUGGGGUAACAACCCUUGGUAGAUAUGAAAAUGAGCUUCAAUUUUAUGCUGUC